CUCUCAUACACACACACAGACGCGUCUUGAUUAAUGACAGCUCCCUCCUCUGUUACCUUGCGUUUCCACCCAUGCUUGCCUGGCCACAGCGGCGUCGAUUCGGCUUCAGACAUCUUCCAGCGCCCGUUCGACCACUACCUCUUCGCCCGAGUGAUACUGCCCCAGUCAAAAUACCUCAUGGAGAGCUGCGAUAACAACUAUGCCUUCAUCAAUAUGGAGUCUCUUUGUGAUACCAAUAAUAACGAGGAACAUGAUCAAAUCCUUUUGCAACCGUUCACUCACGUCCUCCAAGUCACGGGGAAGAUGACUAGAGGGAAGUUAGUUGAGGCUUUCAAUUACUGGAUGAGGAUACCUGAGGAUAAACUAAGGGCCAUAUCUGAGGUUAUCUACUUGCUGCAUAAUGCUAGUCUUUUAAUAGAUGACAUAGAGGACAACAGUGUUUUACGGCGAGGUAUUCCUGUGGCACAUCGUAUAUAUGGAACUGCAGCAACCAUAAACUCUGCUAAUUAUGUUUAUUUCCUGGGUCUCGAGAAAGUUCUAGCCCUGAAUCAUCCAAAGUCUAGAAUGUCUAUAUUUAUCGAAACAGGGGGAUUGUUUGGCUUGUCUAUUCGCUUAAUGCAACUUUUCAGUCAAUCUCAAAAGGACUUUUCAAGAAUCACAGGAAUUUUGGGGCUAUACUUCCAGAUCCGUAAUGACUAUGCAAUCCUUUGCUUGAAGGAGUACUGUGACAGCAAGAGCUACUGUGAGGAUUUGACAGAAGGCAAAUUCAGCUUUCCGGUCAUCCAUGCCAUUAAAAGUCAACCUGACGACCAGCAAGUUAUUAACAUCCUUCGUCAGAGACCCGAAGACCUGGAGGUUAAACGCUACUGCGUGUCCCUCCUGGAGAAGUUUGGUUCCCUUGAGCACACCAAAGAAACCAUGAAGAAACUGGAGGCCGAAGCGAGAGAGGAGAUUGCCAAACUAGGAGGCAACCCGCUCCUGGAAAAUGUGCUGGACGAACUCCGGAACUGGUAGAGCUCUGAAACAGCGAUUCCUAACUCUUUGAGAAGCGACUUGAAAUGACUUCCUCAAGGCGACCAUUCUGUAUUUUAGAUGCAAAUCGUUACGCCUACCCUAAGUAACUUGUACUUAUGCUAUAUGAUGGUGGAACACUAAGUACACCAUUGGGAAGUGCCUCUCUACCGUGGCGUAAAGUAUUUUGUAUUGUUUAAUUCUAGAGUUAGUGGUAAAGGUAUUGGUUCCACUUUAUACCUAGCCAAUAGAAAAUUGGUUCAUUGUGUGU